GGAACAGCGCAGAACGGACGCUUAAUGGCGCAGAACGACGAGAGGGGAUCCAUCGGGGAAUCAGGAUAAAGAGGCAGGGAGCCACGGGAUGAAAGGCAGAGGGUCAAAAUCAAGCCCGUGUUAGGGUUAGGGUCUCCUCUCCUCCAUUCCUCGCGUCGCCGGACUCUCCUUGGGGCCGCCGGCAGCAGCACGCCCUCCGCCGUGGAUCUGAAGCUCCUCCUCGCGCCUCUCCUGCUCGGGCCCUCCCCCGCACCUCCGGUUCCUGGCCUUCGACCUCAUCCCGCCGUGGAUCUCGCGGCCUGGUCUUCUUCUCUUCAGGCAGGAUGUCAACAUCAGAGAACACCACCGCCGAAACAGAGUCUGAAAGGCCGAUAGCUCUUAAGAGGAAAUCCAAUGAUGUUGGAUGGAACUAUGGGAAACUAUGUGAUGUCACAAACAAGGAGAGGGUGAAGUGUGACUUUUGUGGCCAUAUUAGCACCGGAGGAAUUAACCGUUUCAAGCUACACAUCACAGGCACCACCUCAAGCGUUCUUUCAUGUUUAAGAUCAACUCCGGAGGCUAAAGCAAUAUGCCAGAGAGCACUUGAUGCAUAUGAGGCAAAGAAGGUGGCGAAGAAAAAACAUAUGGCAGAAGUGAGGGCUGAUGUGCAUGUUACAGCCCUAAAUGAAGCAAGGGAUGGUAGAGAAUCUGUUUGUGUUGGAAGCACAUCAUCGGAGCCCAACAAAUUAGGACCAAUGGACAAGUUUGUGCGUCCUAUUGAUGGUAAAUCAAGCAAAGAGGAAGCCUUUUAGCAGCUAAGUAUGAAUGAAGCACUAUUCGAGGAGAGAAGAGGUCAAUGUUCACCAUAUGUUGCUAGAUGGGUGUAUUCACAUGGCAUACCAUUUAAUGCUCUUGACAAUGAUGAGUUUUGUCAAAUGUGUGAGGCCAUAGGCAAAUUUGGUCCUGGAUAUGAGCCUCCUACUCAAUAUGAGCUUAGGGAGAAGUUGUUGAGUGAUGAAUAUGCAAGGACCAAGAGUUUGUUAGAUGAACGUGAGAAGGAGAAGAUAAAGCUUAGGUGCACCAUCAUGACAGAUGCAUGGACGGACAUGAAGAGGAGGAGCAUAAUGAAUUUGUGCAUGCAUUGUAGUGGGGGGACAAGUUUUCUCAAAUCAAAGGAAACAUCCGAUGUGUCACAUACAAGUGAAGUCAUAUUUCAGCUAGUGGACAGCACAAUUGAGGAGGUAGGGGCGGAGCAUGUGAUGCAAGUGGUGACUGACAAUGCUUCCAAUAACAUGGGAGCCAAGAAAAUGUUGCUUGAGAAGAGGCCGAAGAUCUUUUGGAGCUCUUGUGCAACUCACACUAUCAACUUGAUGCUCCAAGGAAUUGGCAGCCUCAAGAGAUUCAAAACAAUAAUUGAUCAAGCAAAGAACCUCACCAUCUUCAUCUAUGCGCAUCACAAGACUUUGGCAUUGAUGAGGGUUGCUACAAAAAGGAGAGAUAUCAUAAGGCCGGGGGUGACUAGAUUUGCUUCCACUUUUCUCACAUUGCAAAGUUUGUUGGAGAAGAAAGAUGCUUUAAGGUAUAUGGUGGUUGAAAGAGCUUGGGAAGAUAUGAGUCAUGUGAAAACAAAGAAAGGCAAGGAUGCAACGGCAACGGUGAUGGAUGCUAACUUUUGGAAAGGUGUGCUCCUAUGCAUAAAGGUGUUUGAGCCAUUGGUGAGAGUUCUUCGUUUGGUUGAUUGGGAUAUUAAGCCAUCAAUGGCUUGGUUGUAUGGAGAGUUGGUGAAUGCAAAGAGGGAGAUGAAGGAGGCAUUUAACAACUUGGAGAGAAACUACAAAGAUACUAUGGGCAUUGUUGAAAAGAAAAUGAAUGGAAGGCUAGAUUCUCCACUGCACAUGGCCGCAUAUGUGUUGAACCCACACUACAGUUAUGCAGAUAGCUCCGUCUUUACCACUGCAAAUGAAGGAUUUCAGGAGUGUGUUGAACAAUACUAUGCAAAUGAUCAUGAUACUUGCAUGCUGGUUGUCAAUGACGAGUUUCUGAAAUAUGAAAACAAAGAAGGAACUUUUGGAAAGAAGCUUGCAAAAGCAUGUGAAAAUAAAAGCUACAGCCCCGGCAUACUUGCUUGCUCCUGCCCACUAGUUGCUACUCUUUUCUUGCUGCUACCAUGCUACUGCUGCUCCUACCUUGAUGCUGCUGCUACCAUGCUACUGCUGUUUUUUGCUGCUGCUACCUUGUUGCUGCUGCUACUACUAACUUGCUACUGCUAUAUGUUCUCCGAUUUCUAGUUGGUUGGUGGAAGCUUUAUGGAGGAGAAACACCAAAUUUGAAAGAAAUGGCUAUGAGAAUCCUCUCUCUGACCUCUAGCUCUUCUGGUUGUGAAAGAAACUGGAGUGCAUUUGAAUCGAUACAUACCAAGAGAAGAAAUAGGCUCACAACGGAGCGAUGCAACAAUUUGGUCUUCAUAAGGUUCAAUAAUAGGAUGUUGUCUAGGAAACAAAAGCUCCUAGAGAAGAAGAAAUGGGAUGUGCUCAUUAGCACCGAUGCUACCGAAGCUCAAGGAUUUCUAUUUGAAGGAGGGGAUGAUUAUGCAAGUGUUGUUUAUCUUGAUGAGGAGGAUGGAGAUGUUCAUCCGGGUAUGGGGAUAUCAUGGGAUCUACUUGGUGAAGCAAUGGGAGCACAAGAGCAACUCCAACUUCGGAGGAGUGCAAGAGUGAGAGACCUUGAGGAGGAGUUUGAAUCCGAUCAUGAUGAUGAGAUGGUGGAUGAAGAUGAGAUUGAGUAUGAGGAUGAUUGAGAGGCAUUGAGCAUUUGAGCUAGUGAUCAUUGGCUCAUUGCAUGAUGGUUGGCAGCACCAUGCCAUUAAGUGAUCAAGUUAUCAUGCAUUUGUCUUUUGCUUGUUAUUUGUUAUGUAAGAGACUAUGAUGGAGUAUUCACGGGUGAGACUAUUGUGGAUCAUGGUCGUGGUACUUUGGUUUGGUAGCACUAAG